AUGGCCGCUGGACUUCGUCUCCUAUCCGGUAGCAGCUAUCGUGAACUUGCACAACUGGUAACGAAAAGAAUUGGCUACCCCCUCAGUGCAGAAGCGCUGCACAUCUCCCGGUUUUCCAACGGGGAAACGUUCGUGUCGAUUGAAGCAUCUGUCCGCGGUGCAGAUGUAUUCAUCAUACAAACAGCAUCGGAUCCCGUGAACGAUAUGCUCAUGGAGCUCCUGAUUGCAGUAAGCGCAUGCAAGAUGGCAUCUGCUAGAAGCAUCACGGCCGUGAUGCCAUGUUAUCCAUACGCCCGACAAGAUAGGAAAGACCGCAGUCGCGCACCUAUCACAGCUAAACUUGUGGCUACCAUGCUGGAAAGCGCUGGAUGUAACCAUAUCAUCACCAUGGAUCUUCAUGCUUCACAGAUUCAGGGUUUCUUCAAUAUCCCAGUUGAUAAGUUUGUAUCCCUCCGUUUUGCACGCUGGGGGGUUGUACUGACUUGUAAACUACCCAAAACGCUGGAAUUCCGACAAAGUGUGCUAACAUCCUUGGAAUGGAACAAGCUGUACGCCGAGAAGACAGUCAUUGAAUAUAUCCAACGAGAAUUCGAGCAGAAAGACUUGGUUCUUGUGUCGCCGGAUGCUGGCGGUGCGAAGCGAGCAGCUACCAUAGCAGAUCAUCUUCAGGUCGACCUCGCUAUCAUUCACAAGGAGCGUAAGGUCGCAAACAAAGUCAGCCGCAUGAUUCUAGUCGGCGACGUGAAAAACAAAAUUGCAAUCAUUGUCGAUGAUAUCGCAGACACAUGCGGCACACUUGCCUCAGCAUCCAAAAUCCUCAAGGAGCAUGGGGCCCAAAAAAGCAUAGCGAUAGUCACACAUGGGUUUUUGAGCGGACCAUCCGUUGGGGUAAUCGAGAGCAGUGACCUUGAACGGCUUGUUGUGGCCAACACCCUCCCGUUGCCGGCCCUUGCAAAGUCCUGUGCCAAAAUCCAACAGGUGGAUAUUAGUCCGAUCAUUGCAGAGGCGAUUCGAAGAACACAUAAUGGAGAAUCGAUUUCAAUGCUUUUUAAUUAA